AUGAAUUCAAAACGAAUAGACGAAGAAUUAUUACGUGAAUUAGCAUGUAAUGGUGAUCUAUAUCAAAUUCAAAUAUUAUUAACAAAUAAACCCAAUUUAAAUAUUAAUAGUCAAAAUGCUAUAAAUGGAUGGACAGCUUUACAUUGGGCAGCUAGACGAAAUCAUAAACAAGUCAUAGAAUAUUUACUUGAACAUGGAGCAAAUAAAGAUAUUCAAGCUCAUGAUAAAUCAACUCCAGCAAAUGUUUGUAAUAAUGAUUCGUUACGACAAAUUUUAGAACCAAUAACAUCUGAUAAUAGUAUUUCACCUUCAUCAACAAACAAUACAACUCUUCCUAUAGUUCCAAAUUAUCUUCGACAUCCCGUAUUUCCUCAUAUUUCAACACAACCAAUAACAAAUUUAUCAUCUAUUAAUAAUCAAACAAUAACUCUUCUUUGUCGUAUAGCUGAUGAUCCAUCUGAAACUGAUUUUAUUGAAUUUGAUUUUAAUAAAACACCAAAUAAUGGUUCAUUUCAACGUCUAUUAUCUAACAUAUGUCAUGAACUUAAUAUUAAUCAUAUUGAUAAAUUACGUCGUUUACCUUGUGUUCGUAUACGAAAUGAUCGUGAUAUUGAACGUUUAAAAGAUAAUCAUAUGUUAGAAGUUAUUUUAGUAAAAAAAUUAUAA